AUGGCUUCUGCUGCGAACGACAACAACAACGACAAGAAGAUAACCAAAUUCCCCAAACUCAUUGUCUUGGAUUUGGACAAUACCGUCUGGACACCGGAACUGUAUCAACUGCGCAAACUCCAACGGGCCAAUAAUCAAACUCCCAUUGCCCACAAACAUGUCCAACUUUUUCCUGGUGCCCGCGAUUUGAUUUCCAAGAUUCGUUCGCAAACGUACUUUCCACCCACCACCCAAUUUGCCGUGGCCAGUCGCACGAAAUCGGUCGACUGGGCCCACGAUUUGUUGGAUCAAUUCGAAUUGCGAGCAUUGCUGGAUUAUGUCGAGAUUUUUCCCGGACACAAACGACAACAUUUUGAACACUUGCGUCGUGAUUCUAAAUUAGAGUAUGCGGAUAUGUUGUUUUUUGAUGACUCCCGCGAUGGCAAAUAUGGCAAUUGUGAACCCGUCAGUGCCAUGGGAGUCUUGAGCGUUCAUUGUCCGACGGGGUUGGAGACGAGUGCCGUCUGGGAAACGGCAUUGCAACAGUACCAAAAUUGGAAUGGACAACCCAAUACCAUUGUCGAGUGGGAUGGAUCUGUGACUACCAGUGCCAAUAGUAAUAGUGCUGCUGGCGGUGAUAUACACGAGGGUACCAUCAAAACAGUCAAUUACGACAAACGAUUUGGAUUCAUUCAAUACAAGAACAACAACAAGGCUGCUGGAGGUGGACGUGGCAACAACAACAAUGACAUGUUCUUUCACUUUAGCAAUCUACCAGCGGGUGUCACCACUGUGGAAAAGGGCGACAAACUUCGAUUUACCAUUCAAAAGGAUCCACGCAAUGGAAAAUUUCGUGCCGCCAAUAUUGAGAUGGUCGACAACGAUAGCAACAAUAGCAAUGACGAAACCAUUUCCAUGAGAGCCUUUUCCAUGAACAUGCCGUUUGCCGCUCUCUUGGCCAAUGGACACAAAACAUUGGAAUCCAGAAAUGGGACCAUGUUUAAACCAUACCCGGCAGGAACCCAAAUGUUGCUGCAUGUUGGUCGGCGCACGUAUCCCGAUGGCAAUCGGCAUUUGGAAAUCAUGAACGAUCAGGGAUUGGACAAUGGCGAAAUUACCAAGCGCAAGUCAUUGCCCACUACUGGUGGAUUUGGCAAGGGCAUGGUGGUGGCCAUUCUGGAAAUUGGCAAGACGUAUGAAACGACACUCCAACAACGCAGUGAAUCCGCCAUGCAACAACAGAUUUGUGCCUACGGAGCGGAUAGUGGACGCAUUGUAACGGAAAUUGUCAAGGUGAAAUACCUCAAAAAGCCAGUUCCCAUGGCGGCACAGGGAGGCGUAUUCAAGGUGAACAUUCCUCGCGAUGUUGUUCCGGAUGAUUGGGAGUUACCGCCGGGAGUGGUGUCGCCAGAUGCGUACAAAGUAGCAGCAGCACCACAAGCAUCGUCCCCGAAAAAUACCGGUAGCAGCGGCAAGAAAGAACCGAAAAGCCAACAGCCCAUGUAUUCCAUAUCCGGUUGA